AGCGCCUGUGCGCGCCAGCCGUUAGGCUGCAAUGCGAAUGUGGCUAAUGUGGCGCACUACCUGCCUCUGUAGGCUAGAUAAAAGAUGUCAAGUGAAACAUAAUUUAGGGACACUAGUGACUGAUGGCGAGGAUGUUCAGAAGGGUCACAUCUCUCCCCGUCAGAGCUCAGUGGUGGAGAUUUCUUCAGGUGUUCUUCUCAACAAUAAAUGUGUAUCUGGCAGCUGUCUCUGACUGUCAUCCCCUAGUGAGAUAUGGACCCCAGAAAAAACAUGCCGAACGGACUAACUGUAGAGACAGUGUCUAAAACAGGUGGUCUAAGUGCCCUUCAUUACGGGCUGAUGCUUCUCCGGAGAGCGUGCUCCGCUGCUGUUGAAGAUGCCCACAUUACCUGCAGACCAUUAAUUAACCAGAUGAGAGCUUCAUCUCAGCAGUGGCCCUCAGCUGUGGAAACCUCUUUGAGUUAAAGGCUGUAAAAUUCCUGGACAGGAUCGAUGACGCCUCUGUUUAUGUAUACAGCGUUUAGCUGGAUAGACAUAGACACUGGCUUGGCUUGGCGUAGCUCCCCACCAGCACCCAUCCUGCUCUCCAGCUCAGCUGCUGUUGUGGCAGCAGAAGCAGAACGAGUGAACACUCCAACAAAGAGUGAGAGCAGUCUCACCGAGAGACAACAGACGCACACAUCUGCGGAAACAUUAUGGACAGAGGAGGUCAGUCCUGUGGGAGACGUGUUGCUGUCCACAGAAGAGCAAGUCACUCUGAUCACUGAGAGUAUGACAGUCUCCUCCACUGACCAGGAGAAGCUGCUGCUGCUCAACAAGAACACCGAGCUGCGGAGAGUCAACAAAGAGCUGAUGAAGCUGAAUGAGGACUGGGACCAGGUGUACCGCAAUGCCACUCUGGGACUGCAGCACAGGUUGGAGGCUUUGGAAAGGGAGAACUCUGCCAUCAAACAGCUCAACAGUAGACUGCUGCUCAGAGUAGAGCACCAACAGAGUGCAAAGGAGUAUUAUGAGCAGGCUUUGAUGCACGAGCUGAAGAAGAACCAGGAGCUGCAAGAGUACAUCAGACUGCUGGAGAGCAGAAUGCAACACCCAGAUAGAUUCUGCACAUCUGCCAAACAGGGCAGCUUCACAGCUACCAGUAACUCACCCAGAGGUCCCAACCUGACAGCCAGUCACUUUUCUGGACACAGCCCUUCAUCCUCAUUUUCCCCUGCUUCUACAAGUGCAGAGGGCGGGUGGCAGGGAAACAGCCAGUGUGCGAGUACCCCACUGGGAGACUCCCAGCAAGAAGUACAGGAUCUAAAGGAGCAGCUGGAGGCACUGCAGUGUCAGACCCAGAUUUAUGAAGCAGAAUUUCAGACCGAGCAUAACGACCACAAACACACGCUGCAGGAGAACCACAGGCUGAGGAAGAAAAGGGAGGAGAUGCGCCAGCAGGUGGCACUACUGCAAGAGCAGCUCAAGGUCUACGAGGAUGACUUCCGAAGAGAGCGCAUGGACAAACAGAUGCUGCAGAGGCUGUUGUUGAAGAAAACGCCUCCGAACAAGGAUCCUGUGCUGAUCCACCGCUGCAAUAAUGAACAGCAGCCACGAGGAGGAGACAAGAGGACGUCUAGUGCAGGGAAAAGAAAAGAGCACCACCCCUCCUGCCCCAAACACCAGAAUAGGGACAUAAACUCAGACUGAGGCUGAGAGGAAAAACCAUUACAGUGUUCACAGCACAUGUAUGAGGUGUAUGAGCUUCAAUGCAGGAAGAACUAUCAGUGUGUAGGCUACCUAAAUACAUUCAUAUGGAAAAUGUGUGCAGGUAUGUCAGAGAAAUGUUGCAGUAAAUCUGCACCACAAGUAAAAUGGAAAUCUGCAAUUAUAGAACUGCAUCCUCAUACAUCUUUUAAACAGUAUUAUCUGACUAAUAUUAACAAAAUGCUCUAAUCCUGAGAGCAUUGUACAAAAUAAAAAAAAGUUAAUAUAGUUUCAAACAUUUGCAAUUUAUCAUAUAACACAGUUAUUUCUUCUUCUUUUUUACUUUAUUACCUAUCCGUAUAUGUUUCUAAUGUAUAAUUUUCUCUAAAGUAUAUAUGUGUGUUUGUGUGUAGUCAGAGAAAAGAAGGAAAUAGAAUAGAAUAGAAUCACAAUACUUUAUUCAUUAAAUUGGGUGUGUUACAUUUGCUCCUUCUUCAUCAUAGAAAAUAAGGAAUAAGGUAAAAAAAAAACACAUUAUUAGCAACUGAUAAAAUAUAUAAAGUUUACAUUCUAUGACAAUAAAUGUGACCGUAUAAUAGAAUGUGUGAAUGUAAUGUGUGUUACUAUUUAAACAGGAGAUUAUCUACAUUAUUACUAUAUAACUUAUAUUAGUUUCCUUACUGGGUUACUGGUAUUGUUGCAAUGUGUGACAUCAGACACUCAAACAGGGAAGUAGUAUUUGGCUGACUGUUGCGGGAAGCUGCUGUUUAGGGGCAGCAAAUCUGGUUCAUUUAAUUGAAAUAAUGACAUAGUGUUACAGAAACACAAUAGAAAUAGAAAUAGAAACAAAUAGAAAGAAACAUUGCGCACAUGACAAUCGAUGUGUCAGUCGUCGUGCAUCCGCAAAUGUUUCUUUUUUUCCCCUUUUUCCUUGAACUAGUAAUUUACAGUGUGUAAAAUGUGGUCAACCAUAGUAAACACAUCCAUUUUCUAUUAUUUUAAUACCAUUAAUGCAAAAUGACUACAAUAAUAUACUAAAACACAUAUUUAGUGUAAAAUAAAACAAAAACGAUGAAUGAAAUGACUAUGACUAGAGCUGCAACUAACGAUUAUUUUCAUAAUAUGUUGAUUAUUUUCUUGAUUAAUCGAUGAAUCAUUUGGUCCCUAAAAUAUCUGAAAACCUGAAAAAAUGUUGAUCGGUGUUCGUCAGACCUGGACAUGAUGACGUUCUCAAAUGUCUUGUUUUGUCCACAAACCAAAAUGAUUCACUUUGAAUCCAGAGCAAAGAAAUUAAGAAAAUAUUCACAAGAAGCUUAAACAAUCGGAAAUGUUGUUUUAAUCAUGAAAAAAGCUUCAAACAGAUGAAUCGAUUAUCAAAAUAGUUGUCGAUUCAUUUAGUUAUCGAUUAAUAAUCGAUUCAUCGAUUAAUCCUUUCAGCUCUAUCUAUAACCAACCAACCAACAAAAGUAAAAUUGAGACAAUUAGAAUUUUCCCCUUACACAUAUAUUAAAUAUUUGUCCUAUAAUAACAGUAUCCUUGACAAGGAACAGAGAAGUUUAUAAUUUGAUGGCCUUGAUGAUCAGGAAAUAAAAUCUUCUGAGUAAUGAGUCACAAAAUGAGUUGGAAACAAUUUGAGAAUAAAGGGAUUGUGUGUAGGGUUUGUGUCAUAUUUCAGGUGAUGUGUGACGUCAGUCUUGCGUAUGUGGAGAUAAAGCCCAGCAUGCACAGAAUAUAGCUCCUGGGUUGGUUUCUUGAGUAAAUCAGUGCCUUGUAAAGCACAAUCACACAAUGACAAUAAACUUCAUUAUGGGCUUUCCCCUGUCA